AUGCUGUUGAUGCCGUCGCGGUCGUAUAGCACCGUGAGGGAACUCUUCCAACACGCUGAAGAGACGCUAGCAGAGGAUGGUUAUGCGGACGGAGAUGCCUCCGCACAUAUCCAAGGAUUUAACCCGGAGGACGUAUCUCCUCGUUAUCAGCGCCUGAUUUCGAAGAUCAGAAGCCUUGUCGAUGACCAGAACGACAAAUCGAACUCUGAUGAGCCGUCCAGUUCCGCAAUCAAAACCGACCCAACUUGGGGAACGAUGCAUACACAUUCGUCUUUCCAACAAAUCCGUUCUCCGUGGUUUAUCCUCAUCUCCCUUUUCACCGUCAUUCAAAUGCUCCGCAUGAAUUACUUUAUCUCCACCAUCCGCCCCCAGUACGAAUACCUUCUUUCAUCCCCCGAGCAAGCAAGGAAGCUAAAUCACCUCUUCGACUUCUUCCUCCCACUCGGUGGUCUUAUCUCCAUCCCCUUCAUCGGGAUCAUCCUUGACCAAACAGCUCUAUCCAGCAUUCUCACUCUCCUCGUGACUGGAGCUACUCUCAUCGGAGUUCUAGGCUGCAUAUCUCAUAGCCUAUUUGCCGCAUACGCCAACAUUGCUCUCUUCGUGCUCUACCGACCAUAUUUUUACACUACGAUUUCGGACUACGCGGCGAAAAUAUUUGGAUUUCAAACGUUUGGAAGGGUGUAUGGAUUGGUCAUCUUCCUCGCGGGCCUAGGGAAUUUUUUCCAGAGCUACCUAGAUAUCUUGACAAUGAAAUCUUUGGGAGGAAACCCCGUGCCGGUGAAUGUUGGGCUGACGAUCGCUGGGGCUGUGGCCGGUGUGGUACUGGUGUGGUUUGUUUGGUGGAGGACAAGGAAGUCUUUGGGAACAGGGGUUUGUGAUAUUUCUGAGACUGAAAGACUACUAGCCGGUACGGCGGAUGAGACACGAGACGGGUCUUAUGGCACUUUGAGGCGCUAG